AUGGCACUACAGUACAGCCCAGCUAAAUCAUCAAAAGUUUCGAAGCGACCUCUGACAAAGUCACCUGUAAAGAAAUUUCAAAAGGAUGUUCGAAAGAUACUUUUACCAUCUACAAAAAUUUACAAAGAUGCGGUGUCUAAACAGAAACUGCAAUCAUCAACUACCCAAGACGACAGUAAGCUUACGAUUAAAGAUUACAAUGUACGGUUAGACUAUCAGCAAUAUUCAGGAAAGGAUAUUAUGGUGGCAAUAGAUACUAUUUUAGACAAUAAAUGGGCUGAAAAUACAAAUUUACAUAAUCGAUAUCCUACUAAGCAAGGUACACUAGAAGAACGAAUUUUCGGGCUACGGGGGUUAUCAAAUACUGUGAAAACGGAUAUAUUGAAAUUCAGACGAAACCUACCUAUGGACUUGGUUACAACUACACAAUUAUAUUCUAUAUUUUUGAAUGAAAGUAACACGUUUGUUGAUAAAUCGUUGGAGUCACACAUUCUACUGGGUGAACUCAAGAAAAUAGUGAUUAGUAAUGCUGCUCCGGUUAUCCUGAGAUCGGUGAAUAAAUUCCAACUGGGAAAAGUAACAUAUGGGUUUGAAAACGUUGAACUAGUUGUAAAGGCAGAUUCAUAUUUUCUGGUUAUAAGUAGUAUGCGAGAUGUGUUGGAACAAGAGCUUCAAAAUAAUCAAUUACCUGGAGUUUUACAGAAUAAGAAAAAGAGUUUGAUUUCCAGUUUGGACAGGUUGCUGAGAUAUUUGAAGGAAUAUCCAACUGCUUUGUAUAUAUCUAAUUGUGUAGAUAAUGGUGGUUUUACAGAUGAGGAAAUAACUCACUUAGUAAACACAGGAUUUGUUACUUUAGCUUCAAAUCAUUUGAUUGAAAUUGAGGCAAACAUAUACUCAAUUUCGUAUCCUGGAUGUGGGACUUAUUUAAAGUUGGUGAACUCUGGCCGUUCGUGGUUGGUGAAAGUCUUGGGUAAAAACAAACACAAGGAACUUUUGGAAGACCAAAUCAUAUCCAAAUGGGAAGGUGUGAAUGCAUCUGGUGAAUCCAAAAUGAACAAUUUCAGAUCUCCCUUUUUUGGAUAUGAUUUAAAUUGGGUUUUGGCAGAUGCCUUGGGGGCAGGGGUAGUUGAAGUUUUUAACACGCCUGUGGGAAGAGGUUGGAGGCUAACUGGAAAGAUAUAA